AUGAAUGCUGAGGAGGAGCAGGACGAAGAUGAGGAAUAUGACCCCAAACGCACCAUCAAAAUCAAGGAAGCACGGGCGGAAUACCUGCUAGCCCGUUUGGAGCACUUGAAUUCACUCGUGGAGGGUGAUCAGACUGAAUUCAAGAUAGUGGAAGCCUGGAAAUUCAACGAGAUUCCGCGUGCUUAUAGGGCAGCUGAAAUUGUCCUGGUGCGCCAAUUCAAGCCUAAGUGUAAAGCCAAUGCGAAUGGGGAGGACGAGCUAUCCUUAAAACAAUGGUUGCGUGAUGCCCCGUCUCCUAAACGCGCUCGAGUGGAACCAGCCAGCGGGUCCUCUCAAGAGCCAAAUAUUUCUGGCACACGAUCCAAGUCUGGAGCGGACCCUAGUGGCUAUCUGCUUCUCAGAGCCAAGGAAAGCAACUGCGAGGCUUUAGCCAACAUUAGUGUGCCUAAGAAGAGGGGUGGUGAAUCCAAAUUGAGAAUGAUCCUAAGGAUAUUGAUCUGA